AUGCCUAAGGCUAAUAGUUCUCGAGCUGCGGCUUCUGCCCGCAGGCAUAACCCUUUGGCAGACGACAUUACAUCUGCGGGGCACUUGCGGACUCAAAGUAGCAAAAAAAGCAAGCGCCAAUCCGAAGAUGGAGACGGAAGUGGUGGAAAUGGCCAGCGCUAUGUGGAUGCGAAGAUGACGCGCAAGAUUUUGCAAAUUGGACAAGAACUCGCAGACGAAGAUGCUGCUGAACAAAAACUGGCGAUGGGCGGGGAGGCCAAGCCCAAUGCGGCCUUUGACUUCGACACACGAUUUGACGAAGAGCCCUUAUCGGACGAUGAGAAGUUUGAAAAUGACAACUGGGAGGAUGAGGAGGAAGAGGUAGAGGAAGUGGAGAUUGACCCCAAUGAUUUGGAUAUGUUCAACAAAUUUAUGCCAGGCCACGAAGAAGACCCAAUAUUCCACCCGAGGGACCCAAAUUCUGCCGGCCAAACAACAAACCUUGCCGAUUUGAUCCUGGAGAAGAUUGCAGAGCACGAGGCGAAGGAAUCUGGAGAGACUGGUGGAAAGUUUGUGCAAGGUGGCGGUGCUCCUGAAGAUGCUGUUCAGAUCCCCGCCAAAGCUAUCGAAGUAUAUGAAAAGGUUGGCAUGAUCUUGUCUCGCUACAAGUCCGGUCCUCUUCCGAAGCCUUUCAAAAUCCUUCCCACUGUGCCCAAUUGGCAAACUCUUCUCUACAUUACCAACCCGGAGAGAUGGUCCGCAAAUGCAGUAUAUGCAGCAACUCGAAUUUUCAUUUCAUCCAAGCCCGCCGUGGCUCAAGAAUUCAUUUCAACAGUCCUGCUCGAGCGUGUCCGCGAAGAGAUCCACGAGACGAAGAAGCUUAAUGUGCACGUCUACAAUGCAUUGCGAAAGGCCCUUUACAAGCCCGCUUGUUUCUUCAAGGGCCUUCUUUUCCCGCUUGUGUCUAGCGGGACCUGCUCUCUGCGGGAAGCCCACAUUGUCUCUUCAGUGAUCGGCCGUGUGUCUAUCCCAGUCUUGCACUCUGCUGCUGCGUUGCUGCGUAUGUGUGACUUGGCAGCCGAGCAGUCUCUUCGUUCGCUCGAGAGCACCGGAGCGGUAAACACAUUCAUCCGAGUCUUCCUCGAGAAGAAGUACGCACUUCCAUACAAGGUCAUCGAUGCUUUGGUUUUCCAUUUCCUGCGCUUUCGUGCUGUUGAUGGCUCGGAGGACACCAUGAUGGGAGAUGGAAACUCCAAGGGCUACAAAUUACCAGUCUUAUGGCACCAGUCUCUGUUGGUGUUUGCCCAGCGAUACCGCAACGACAUCACCGAGGAUCAGCGUGAGGCUUUGCUGGACCUUCUGCUUGUUCGGGGGCACAAGGAUAUUGGACCCGAGGUCCGACGAGAACUUCUUGCUGGUCGUGGCCGUGGAGUGGUGGUUCCUGAUCCUGAAGCCCAGAAUGCUCUUGAUGCGGGCGAUGACACGAUGGAUGUGACGAUGUAA